AUGUACAAACACAAUUUACUUUUUAUCCUCUUUACACUAUUGCACGCUUUACCUUCUAUUGCUAUAGCUACCAAUAGUUUAUCAAAAGAUGAGUUAACUACAAUUAAGACAAUUGGUUGUAAUUUUCAUGAAAAACUUGAACACAUUUAUGAGAGUCCAUUUGAGGAACAUUUUGAUAAAAUGAAAAUUUCUAAAUUUGCUGCAAAUUAUUCAGAUGAAAAGGAAAUAAAUAAACCGAACACUUUAGCGGCCAAUAGUUUCCUAGCGCUUGAAGGUAAAUUAGUGACUGUUAUUCAAAAACCAAUAUGGAAUAAGCCAGAGUAUAAAGCAAAUACAAAUAGCAAAACUAUUACAAAUAAAGAAGACAACUUUCCUCCCCUUGGUGAUUCGAAAAGUAUUCAAAUAAAUGCUCCUGUACCAGUAAUAAACAGCCGGUGUAAGAAUGCAGGUCGUGGAAGAGGUGUUAUUAGCCAAGUUCAAAGUAAUAACCGAAACCAAUUAAAUGCAAACUCAAAGCAAACAUCCAAAGUAGGAAGACUUUCUAUUAAUAGAAAUAAGUAG